UUAACAAGAUAUGAGUGUUACAGCAAACCUACGAUAAGGAAGCCGAAGCCCUUGAGCAAUGAACACUUAUAAAAGUCAAUAGCGACGAAACCAAGCUAGUUAUUAGAAGUGAUCUGUUCAUGUGUUAUGAAGGGCAAUUAGCCAACUGUUUUAUUGGGUUUUAUAGUUGGAGUGUAAGCUGUGAGUGGUUUCCAUGAUUGGAUCUAUUAGCACAAGUCACUGCUGAGAUGCACAGAACAUCUUCCUUUGUAGAAAGCUCUUAGCAACGAAGAUGUCCGAAAUUGGCGGCUCUUUAAGACCGUGGCUUAUGGUCGUUUUAAGUCUCUAUUUGGCAUCUACGAUUGUGUUCUGCGCAUGCCCACCAGACUGGCAAGAAAUAAACAACUCGUGUUUCAAGGUUUACAAUGUCAUGAAAAAAUGGAGCGAAGCCAGUAAAGAGUGUUCCUUAGCAAAACAAGGGGCUCAUCUUAUUUACUUCGACAACGGACGCCCACUGACUUUUGUAAACUCUCUUAAUGACAUGGAGCACGAAGAAUACUUUGUUGGAGCAAAGACGAAUAGUCUGGGACUAUUGGUUUGGGGGAAUGGUGCUGAGGUAUCAAUAUCUUCUUUAUUGGGUGCUGUAGGUGGUAAUAAAUAUCUUCUCUUCAAGAAAUGGGAUCUCACAUGGGCCGCUACCGAUGAAAACCAUGAAAGUUAUUUCAUUUGUGAGCUAAAUGAAACUCCUACUCCAGGUAGUUCUUCUGUGAUAUCAAAUUCAAUAGUACCCUCAUCGUCAUCACCAUCUUUUUUAUCAUCAUCAUCAUCAUCACCAACAUCAUCAUCAUCAUCAUCACCAUUGCUGCCAUCUAAAUUAUCGGUAUCAUCAUCACCAUCUCCAUCGUCAUCAACGACAUCAUCAUCAACAACAUCAGAUCUUUACCAUCAUUAUUACCAAAGAAAACAUUUUCGCCAUCAUCACAGUUUCCAUCAGUACCUUUAUUGA